UAUGUAAAAUUAAAAAAAAAAAAAAAAAGGUGAAUCGCGCUUCAUCUUCUUAUUCUCUGGCACGGCGUUCCCAAAUAAAAACCUAGUACCAAUCUCCUCCAUUGAAGAUCUUGUGGCGUGACACAAGCAGGGACUUGGACGAGACCCAAAUAAAAAAAAAAGUGAAUUGCAAUUGUUUGAUGAAAAUGAAGUUUCUCGAUUGGUACGUCAAGAUUGGGGUUGCGUCGGCUUUGGUUGGUGCUUCCAUGGAAUUUUUCAUGGUCAAAACUGGCUUCUAUGACAAAGUAACUGUUUUGGAGUCAGAAAAGCGCGCCUGGGAGAAUUCCCCAGAUGCUCAGGCAGUUAGAGAGGCUCUCAACCCUUGGAGACAUGUUGAUACAAAAGAAACAAACAAGUCCUGAUUCCAAUCCGUUGAAUGGUUUGUCAAGAUUUUUAAUGAGAAUACGCUGGAAGUCGAUUUCAUAUGGACUACCUAUUCUGUAAUACUUAUGAUUCAUGUCAUGGAACCGAUAACACCUUUCCAACAACCCGAAUUGUGGCAUCUUGUUGACCGGCCUGCAAUUCAGGGCAACUCUGCGUUGUAUCAAGCACACAACCUUCAAUUUAUUUUUUCUGCUGCUAGUUGACUUUGAAUAUUGGUUUUAUUUCAUUUCAAUCUUAUAGAAGUGCUAAUAAUUUUCUUGGUAGUAUGAUACAAAGAUGAAUAUGGCAAUGUAUGUGGCAUUAUUUUCUCAAGAAAAUACAAUUCCAAACUGUUGUUAAAUUAAA